CGUCAACAUCCGUCAUUUUAACUGAACGAAAAGUACAGACACGAAAGACAUAAUAUUACAAAAAUAUUUGAAUUUAUCGACUUGUCGGUUGGAUGUGCUAAAUUUCCAGUAUGUCGAAGUUGAGUAAAAAGUUGUAAGAGGAUAUAAAGAGAUCUAACGAACAGGACUGUUUUGACAAUGGCUACAACAACUAAUACAUCUGAGAUGGAGACUGAUGAAAUAGAAGAAGAGAAAACCAACUCAUCCCAGGCUUGUCUUAUGCUCGAGAUUGCCACCCUUCUCUCCACGGCGAGCAUAGACCCCACCCAACUUGGCCAUUUCGUCGGUUUGGCCGAGAGCAAGGUUGCUGAAAUUGAUGACCUCCUGGAAGACCCUAAAAGCAAAAUCAUCCAUAUCUUGGAGAGGUUCCGCGAUUGUCAUGGCGAUGCUUGGGUAACAAAUCUGAAGGAAAUUGUCAAGGAAAAGUUUGAGCGUCCAAGCUUGACUGAAACACUAGAAAAAGUGACCAGCUCACAUAGCAUGAAAACCAGCGGAUACCCUACUCUAAGUAAGGAGAGUCUUGCAGAAGAAAAUUGUACCAAACUUGGAUCGGACCAUGGCCGCGAGGGCAGCAGUCGCAAUAGCUCCGCCUCUGGAUGGGACAUGGGGUCUGGAAGUAGGCAGAGUCAUGGUAACGGGGACACGUCGUCGGAAAGCUUCGAGCGAUUGUCAGAAGAGAACGUGUUUCAGUCAAGAGAAGGCGACCACCCCGCUAGUGAGGAGAUUCCUCACCAAUCGCUUGAUCACCCGGAGAUGUCUCUGCAAAUUACCAAGGUUGGUGAAGCGCUUCAGGUUGUGUCCGAGCUCCUUGGAAAUGUUGAAGGGAUCAGUCAGCUGUCUCAGGUCAUUCCGCAGAUCCUUCGUCUUGUGCGACAGAUGAAGUCACAAAAGAUGCUAAGACAUGUUUUUGAAGAAGAGAAUUCCAAUCUGAAACAAGAUUUGCAGGGAGCAAAUGAAAUCAUCAGGGAACUCAGGGAGAUAAUUGAGAAGCUUGAAAUGGAAAUACUGGAUCUCAAGAAAGCCUCAGAAGAUAAAUCGCUCAAGGACUUUGACGUUGUUACAAGGAGAGAGGCGGCAGAUAUAAAAGAGGAAGAAAAAAAGCAUGAACAGAAUACUACAUCGGCUCAGACACCUUCCCCGGCACCAUCAAGCGAGGGCGUAUCUGUGGAUGCAUAUGAAACUCUCCAGAAGAAGAUAAUAACACUCAAGCAGAAGUUGGCUCAGGUUGUGAAACUGAACCACUCGUGGGAUGAGCAGUAUCAUCGCAUGGAGGCAGCUCUCAAGCAAGAACUGGAGAAGACCAAACUGAUGAUUCAAGAAAUAAACCAAGAUGCGGAGAGAAAAGAGAAAGAACGGGAUGAGAUUUUGGUCGUAGCUAAGCGUAGGAUCGAAGAACUGGAGGCUUCAAAAGCUGAUCUUCAGAAGAAUUACGACCAAACCAAACAACAGCUUGGGAAGGUAAACCGUUAUGCCGUCUCCCUGCAGGGUCACAAACAGGAACUGGAAACAGAGGUCAAGAGAUUGAAUGAGGCUCUUGAGCAGAAACUCCAUGUUUCCGAGAAAGGGAAACCGGUUGCCGCAAUUGCUUCUCCAUCUCGUAACGACAAGAGCAAACCCAAGAAAGAUGAGUGCGUCCUUCACAGCCACGAAGAGAGAUCCAUCCUUGCCAGCAUGACACCAGAUGAACUGAUUGAAGAACUUGGUCUGCUCAAACAACAGGUUGACGUGUACAAAAGCGAUUUCUACAAGGAGCAGCGUGACCGCCAGCGUGUCAACGGUGAAAUGGAGGAGGUCAAGACGGAACUUCACAGGGCAAAGAAGAAGAUGGAAAAACAGAAACAUGAACUUCAGAUAUUGAAGGACCAGGCUUUGGCUUUCCAGUUCCAUGCUGACGAGCGCAAGCAACGACCCGCUGCUCCUGCUGCAGCUCCUCGUCGAGAAAGGCCACGGUCGUCGCCCCAGGAUAGAGUAUUUGAACUCUUAGAGAAUCCCCGAUCCCCAACCUACCAUCGACAGGCCUAUCAGAGGAAAGGGAAAGAGCUGGUCCCUCACGGUGUCAACUAUGCUUUGAAUGACGAGUAUUGUGAUGCUCAGGAAGAGUUCCAGAUCUGCUAUCCUCCAGAACUCUCUGACGAUCAUAGCUCUCAUGGGAGUGACCACGACCCAUUCUUCUUCACCCAGAAGUAGUCCUGAGAGCAACUCUGCCGAAUCUGAAAAUUGUUUGUAAUUUUGUACAUUGAAGUUGAUGGAGUGCAGCAGCGUUGGAGAACAAUCAUUUUUAAUCAAUAGGUAAUCCGUGGCAGAAAACUUUAAAUUAAUCGGCUUUCAUCCUUGAAUUUCACAAUGAAAACACUCUAUACUUCACUGACACAUGGUGAAGAAAUAAGAAUUGAUGUUUGAAAAAACAUCCUAUAUGCAUGUACAUAGCAGUCCAUUUUAAAUCAAUCAGCUUUUUCUCAGAUAGCACUUUUUGCAAACAGUUUAUGAUAAAAGCUUUGCACUCAAUCAACUUCAUUGUAUAAAGCUAAUUUGAAAAAGUGAAGAAAAAAAAGAAAAAAAAAUGUAUUGAGAUAAUUUCAUUUUAUAUAAUAAAACGUUCUUGAUAAUGUAAAUGAAAGAUUAGAUGAAAAUAAGAAUGAGAAAUAGAGCAAAGUGAUUUAAACAUUAAGUAAAAUACCUUAAAUGAAGAAAGUCAAUUUAUGUGCACUUGUGCAUUUGUAGUAUUAGUAUCAAACAUAUCAAGAUGAAAUAUAUAACACUGGCUUAAAAUAAGCUGAACAUGUACACUUAUUUAGAAAAAGAAUGAAAUAAUUGAAAAGCAUUCAGAUAAAUUUUACUGUUGUUUGAAUCAAGUAUAGUAGCAUUAGCAUUAAAAUGCUGUUCUGUUGUGUCAGCAGUAUAAAAAAGGAUUAAGUAAUGCUUUUUGCAUUGAUACAACCAAACUUAAGUACCUGUUUUGAAUCAGAUAACCAGGAAAAUUAAUAGUGCUUUUACUUUU